CCCUCACCCCGUGGCUCGGAGGAGUCGUGGGUGAUUAGACAAAGAGGAGAACCUUGAUAAAGCAUUAGUGUCUGAGGUGCACACUCAUACACAGCCUGAAGACCCCUCUGUGCAUUUGCACACAUUCAUUUUUCAUGAAACAGACUCAUAACAAUUAGUCUGGUUCGCAAAGUGAGGACAACUACAAAAUGACAAGUGGAAAUUCUGGUUCAGAGACUGUUGACAUUCAGACCCCUGUACUGCGCAUCAGUCAGUUGGAUGCCUUUGAGUUGGAUUCCACCCUUGAGCAGCUUCUGUGGACCCAGUUCUCCAAGUGUUUCCAGAACUUCCGCCCGGGCCUGCUAACUCCAAUAGAGCCUGAACUGAGAGCUCUGCUGCACCUUCUCGUGUGGAGAUUCACUCUUUAUUCAAAUAGUGCCACAGUGGGCCAGUCUUUACUCAGCCUGCGCUACCACAACACCCUUUCCUCAUCUCUCCACUACAGGCCUUUGUCACGUCGGCAGAAGUUGUAUCUUGCCUUGCUCACCGCAGGCCCCCGCUGGUUACAGGAACGCUCCCACAGCCUGCUGCGAUGGUUUGGAUUAGGUCCAGGGGGAGCGGUGACUGAAAGUGAUGUUGGGUUCCAACAAGGUCUCAGAAAUUGCCUGGCCCUUGUUUCUGGCAUUGCCCAGAUUGCAAGUCUCAUCAACUUCCUUGUGUUCCUAAGGAAAGGUCAUCACCCUGUUCUGGCUGAACGCAUCGUGGGAGCAAAAGCAGUUUUCAGCCAACCCAAUGUGGUUCGGGAUGUAAACUACCUGUAUAUGAACAGGGAGCUGCUGUGGCACGGCUUUGCAGAGUUCCUCAUUUUUAUGAUACCACUUCUUAACAGCAUGUCACUGAAUGCAAAAGUCUGUUCAUUUCUAUUUGGAAGAAAGACGGCCAGUAAGGAGAAAACAAAAGAUGGAAAAGGAUUGUGGAAAGAGUGUGGCAUAUGUGGAGAGUGGCCAACAAUGCCUCAUGUGCUGGGCUGCCAACAUGUUUUCUGUUACUACUGUAUCAAAAGCCACAGUAUGGCAGAUGCUCACCUCACGUGUCCUAAAUGUGGUGCAGAGGCAGGGCAACCUGAGCCAGUCAGACUGCAGGUGGAGAUGAGUGACAAGUGAUGAUACAGAAAACU